AUCGAUCAUUCGCGAGCUGUUAAAGCCUAUGCUAGACCGGCUGCUGGAGUUGAACAACCAUUGCCAUCUGAUGUUCGCCCACCCGAUGUUUUACUGUCAACGUUGGACUACUUGAUGACUAAAAUCGUAGCACAAGGUGAUCUGUCAGAUUCUCAUGCGUUCGUCCGUGAUAGAACUCGAUCCAUUAGACAGGAUUUUACACUUCAAAACAGUCGUGGUGUUGAAGCUGUGCAAGCUCAUGAGAUCAUUGCUCGAUAUCAUAUUCUCUGCAUGCAUCAACUAUGUGAAAAUAAAGGCUUUAGUGAACAACAGGAGAUGGAGCAACUGCGAAAAGUCUUGACUAGUUUGCAAGAGUUUUAUAACGACAUGCGGACUGAAAAUAUACCCUGCCCAAACGAGGCCGAAUUCCGAGCGUAUCAUAUUCUUAGUCAUUUGAGCGAUCCCGAUAUGAUUCGACAGGCUCAAUUACUUCCACCACAUAUAUUCAUGGACCCCUAUAUCCAAAAUGCUGUUGAGAUGCACGCGUUGAGUCGGAGAAAUAACGAUGUUAGACGGCGCGCAAAAGUUCAAUCCGAGGCAUCACCCAACUUCUUCAGUCGAUUUUUCAAAAUGAUAGCGGGACCAAAAACAUCAUAUCUGAUGGCCUGUCUACUCGAAACAAACUUUGGAGAAAUCCGAAAAGGGGCACUUAAGGCACUAAACAAAUCAUAUUAUGAUCAGCACGAUGGAUUCCCCGUCAAGGAUCUAGUUAACAUUUUGGCGUUCGAUGAUGAACAGGAGUGUAUUGCUAAUUGUGAAGAAUACGACCUUGCACUCACACAUUAUGGUCAACCGGCUGUUGUAUUUGGGAGAAAAGAUAACACAACGCGUCGUCGCAUAUUUAAAGGUAUUCUUUUUAAACAAUACGCGCUAGAAUUACAUAUAGAAUAG